AUGCCUGACGACGCCGCAAAGAGAGACAGCGCCGUCGCCGGCGAGGAUGUCGAAAAGCAGACGAGCGGCCAGACGCUGUUCCUCAACGAAGAUGUCACUUCUCUGGCCUGGCAGGACCUCACCGUCACCGUCAACGACCGCACCACUCAAGCCCCUCGAAAUAUUCUGGACGCAUCCUCUGGCAUUGUUCGCCCAGGCCAGAUGAUGGCUUUGAUGGGGCCUUCUGGAUCAGGCAAAACGACGCUCCUCAACACUCUCGCGCAGCGGCAAACACCGACUCAUGGAAAAGUCCUCAUCAAUGGCGCCGAGUGUCCCCUCGCUACACACCGUGCAGUCAGCUCGUUUGUAGAGCAAGAAGACACCUUGAUCGGAUCGCUCACCGUCGAGGAGACACUAAAGUUUGCCGCCAAGCUGUCACUCCCCAGCACUGUAUCCAAGACGGAGGCGUACAGUCGUGCGUCCAGCCUCAUCGCAGCGUUUGGUCUGUCAGAGCAGCGGCGCACGCUCAUCGGCACCCCAAUUCAGAAAGGCAUCUCAGGAGGCCAGAAGCGCAGAGUUUCUGUCGCAACACAUCUCAUUACCGGUCCUCGGGUGCUGUAUCUCGAUGAGCCAACGUCGGGACUUGACUCUACGGCUAGCUUUGAAGUCAUGUCUUUCAUUCGCGACAUUGCCAAGCGGAAUAACCUGAUCGUCAUUGCAAGCAUUCAUCAACCAUCAACCAAGACACUCGAGCUCUUCUCCAAAGUCACACUCCUCUCCAAAGGCAAGACCUGCUUCUAUGGCGGUGUCAGCGAGGUCGACCAAUACUUCCGUGGACUAGGAAUGGAAAUCCCACAUCUCACCAAUCCAUCCGAGCACAUGCUUGACUUGACCAACGUCGACUUCGGGAGCGAGGAAGCCCAAACUAGAUUGGACAUCAUCUUCGAAGGCUGGAAGAACUCAGAGCGCCCUCACGAUCUCGCAAACGAGAUCAAAGCCCUUUCGAGCCACCAAGCACAAGUUACCCCUGUUGCAGCUCGUCCGCCCUUCUUCUCGCAAGUCCUUACAUUGCUUCGGCGUGCGUUCAUCAAGAGCUACAGAGACCUGGUUUGCUACUGGGUGAGAGUUGCCAUGUACAUGGGCCUGGCAAUCAUGAUGGGCACAGUUUGGCUACGUUUAAGUCCAACGCAAGAGCACAUCCAGCCGUUCAUCAAUGCGAUCUUUUUCGGCUCUGCGUUUCUGAGCUUCAUGGCCGUAGCCUAUGUCCCUGCUUUCCUCGAGGAUAGGGCGGUCUUUGUGAAGGAGCGUGCGAACGGUCUUUACGGUCCCACGGCUUUUCUGGUGACCAACUUUCUCGUUGGCCUACCGUUCCUGUUCCUGAUUGCGUUUCUCUUCUCAGUCGUCAGCUAUUGGCUGAUCGACCUACGGCCAGACGGCGGUGCCUUUUUCACCUGGAUCAUGUGGCUCUUCCUGGACCUCAUCGCUGCAGAAUCGCUCGUUGUUUUGGUCUCUUCCAUCUUCCCCAACUUUGUGGUUGCACUGGCGCUUGUCGCCUUCGCCAACGGACUGUGGAUGAGCGUGGGCGGCUUUCUUGUCGCCAUGCCGGUCUUGAACGUCUUCUGGAAGUACGUCUUUCAUUACAUCGACUACCAAGCCUACGUCUUCCAGGGAAUGAUGGUCAACGAGUUCAAAGACCGGAUCUACGACUGCGAAGUCCAGAAUGGCCAAUGCUUUUGCAUGUACCAGAGCGCGCUGCAGAAGGAAUGCAAGAUCGAAGGCCGUGCCGUCCUGGACAAUUACGACUAUGCACCUGGCAGGGAGGGCAAGUGGGUGGGGAUCCUCAUCGGCAUCAUUGUCGUCUAUCGCCUGCUCGGAUGGCUCGUCACGUACUUGAAGAAGACGUAG